UCUUAAACCCUAAACCUAAAAUAGAACCGCACGGACAACUCGAGGGAAGAAGAAUCGAUAGGGUUUUAGUUGUUUGUACUUUGUGGCUCACCAGAGCGUUCCCGCGACUUCUUCGUAGGCAGAGAGCAGGAGAAGAUGUUCCCUGGAAUGUUUGCGCGCAAGCCCGACAAGGCGGCGGCUCUGAAGCAGCUACGAACCCACGUGGCCAUGUUCGGUGCAUGGGUGGCCGUGAUUCGAGUCACUCCUUACAUUCUUCAUUACUUCUCUGACGAUAAAGACGAACUGAAGCUUGAUUUCUAGUGCAAUACCUGUUUAAAUCUUCCUGUUUUGAGUGGGUUUGGGAGAGGAGCAUGCUCAAAGAAGGGGUUCCCCAAGUUUCUCUACAGCUUUUUCUCUUCUAUUUAUGUACCUUCCAAAGUUCAUGUUCUUUCCAUGAGAUUUAAGCACUUAAAUGUCUUUUUCCCCUUACAAUCCCUCUAGAGGGGACGUUGUUUAAUGGUUAAUCAAUGUUGAUUAUGAUUUAGUGGUGUUAGCAGGGAGAAAUUGACUUCUCCUGCAGAAGACAGGAAA